UGUCAAAACUAACAAACAGGCUGUGACUCGGUGGGGGAAGGGAAGCUGGCCAACGCCGACAACACUUCGCAAACAUUUUAAUAGUGCAAGACUAUAAAGCAAAGUCUUUUAAGUCAGCGACAUCGAUAUAUUAGUCGUCAGGAGUGCGGAGGAGAGGGAUAUGGCUCAGGAGACCAAUCAGACCCAAGUGCCUUUGCUCUGUUCUAACGGUUGUGGGUUUUACGGGAAUCCACGUAAUAACGGCAUGUGCUCUGUGUGCUAUAAAGACUCCUUACAGCGGCAGAACAACAGCGGCAGGUCCAGCGAUCCAGUGUCUUCCAGCAUUAGCAGUAAAGGAGAAUCUAUGACUGUACAAUCAACGUCACAGCAUGAACAAAACAGUCAGUGUUUCUCAACGCCAACACCAGCAGCAGCAGUUACACACAAAGACGGUGCUUCAGCAGCAGCUCAGUCAGACCUCAAAACACCAGAAGAAGUGUCAUGCAGUAAAUCGCCGAGAAACUUUCAGUCCACGGCAAGUAGCUCAUCAGCGGAGGAUUGCAUAUUGAGAGGAAAAAGGAAGCUAGAUGAAACUUGUCAACCCAUAGAUAGAGUAUCUGCCUCAGAUGUCUCAGAGCAAACCUCAGAUGUACCAGAGCAAUCCAGACCUAAGAAAAACCGCUGCUUCAGUUGCCGCAAGAAAGUCGGGCUCACUGGCUUCAACUGCCGGUGCGGACACUUGUUUUGCAGCAUCCACCGAUACUCGGAUGUUCACAACUGUAGCUUUGAUUACAAGGCUGAUGCGGCUGAGAAAAUAAGGAAGGAAAACCCACUUAUUGUCGGGGAGAAAAUCAAGAAGAUUUGAGCUAAAGAUUGCAAAGAUGUUUUUUUUACCCUCUUUUCCUUGAAACCUUGAAUUGUGCAUGCUACAAUGAAACAUAUACGCAAAUUUAUUUUGUCUCUUUGUUUCAUUUUUACCUCUCAAGUUUAUUUACUUACAAAAUACUGUGGUAUGUACACCGCUAAAUAUUUAUAUGAUUAGUAAUUUAAUUUGCAUUAAUAAAUGGUGUUUUUGAUUCGGGUGACUGUGCAUUUCUGGUGAUGAACAAAGCAUGCAUGUUAAAACCAUUGCCAGAGCAUAUUUGAUUUUUAUUUUAGUUUUUUUCCCAAUAACGAUUGUAAGCAAGAAAAUGACAUUUUUACUUAAUAUAAAAAAGAUGAGGCUUUAUCAAUUACUGUAUUUGCUUCUUCAAUGUUUAAAAAAUAUUAAGAAGUUUAAAAGUCAUUUCAAAUAUACAAAUUAUUAUGUUUGCGACCUCGGUCUCUGGUUUAAACAGGUUUUUUGCACUUCAUUACAGACUGUGAUUUACAUUUCUUCUAGUUCAUUUAUUAGAGUGAGUGAAAGUUGCGAGUGGUUUUAUUUAUGUUUGUGUAUUCACUGCGUUCAUGUUCAAUAAAGUUUUACACGUCACACUGUAAUAAGCGCUCUAACUA